AUGUAUUGGCCCAUUGGAACUCCACGCAUCUAUGCCACCAGCAGCGGCCGCUCUCCUAAUCUCAACCUUUUUGUGUCCUAUGACGGCCUCCAGCAGCCCGACGCAUGCAGUUCUCCGUCAUCCCUAGGCCAAGAUGGACAGGCCCGAGCUGCGGCAUCACCCGUUGCUGGACUCGACGACGACGACGACUUCUUUCAACCACCGCCCGCCCCGUUGGCGCCAGCCACGCCGGCUGCCCAGCCCAUCCUGGGAGACGACCUAUUCUCUUCAGCAAAGAGUUCUUCGCCGUCGACUGGCUGGAGCAAGAAAGCCGCAGUUCCACUGAAAGAUCCCGUACUCGCCCUAGCCCUUACCCGCACUGGUCACAUGUUUGGCGUCGUCACGCCGACAAGUAUUACCCUGUGGCAAACCAAGCCUACUGUUAUACUUGCAGUCGUCGUGCGAUCCCGAUCUUCUAUCCAAUCCUACGGAACCAAUGUCGACCUCCUGUUACGUCCAGACUCCGCGAUUCUGGUGGUUCACACCUCCGAGGGAUACCUCAUCACCUACUCGAUAGCUACCGAUGGCGAGUCGUGUGUCUACAAGCCCCAAUUUCCAAACCACCACAAUAUCCAACGGCGAAAACAAAGUCUCAUUGGGCCUCAAGCGGCGCUGAGGGGAGACCAAAUUCUCUGGGGCCCAGGAGAAGGCUCUGGGGUUCGUGACGUCAGCGUGCGAUUCCGAAUGGUGAUCAAGAUUGAUGCUGGCAUUGAAAGUGUCUUGGCGCUAGAUGACGAACUGGUCGUGGCGACAAGGAAGCCCGCUGCUGUUCAAUGCAUCCGAUGGGCGCCGGACAGCACAGGCAACCAAACGAGAACCGAGAUAAUCAGCAAGAUGGGGUGGGUUGAGAAUAAGACAUCUAUAUUGGAGAUGAAAUACGACAGACCCAUGAAUUUAGCGACUUGGAUCACCAGCGAUGGGCGAGCAUACGCCGUGCAAAGACAACAUUUGAAGGGGGACACGGACUCUGAAAGUGCCGACACAAAGCGUUUAUUCCAAGGCUACUGCUUUCACAUUCCCCAUACCUCUGCGAGUCAUGCUGUCAAGGCUGUUAUAAAUGCCCGAUUCUCACUCAUUGCGGCAGGUUGUGCCGACGGCACAGUCUUCGUCUACUCGGUUCGAGAUUACUCGGGGAAUAUCGUCCUCUCACAUAAGCACAAAAUUCCCGUAUCAAACGCUGUUGCCGGAGCUUUCACUUCCCUGUGCUACUCUCCUGACGGAUACUGCCUUUUUGCUGGAUUCGAAAAAGGAUGGUCGACGUGGAGUAUGUUUGGCAAACUGGGCAGCAAUAGUUUUGGGUGCGAUGCGGGCAUUUCCGACGGAAACGACGAGCAGUGGCUCACCGGAGUAUCGUCAGCUCUGUGGAUCGGAGGUGGUUCCGAAAUCUUGCUUGCAGGCCCUCGACACGAGGCCAUCUGGAGUCUAGAGAUGGCCAAGAAUGCAGUCACGGGCUGUUACAACGAAGCAAACGUCUUUCGGACCGUCCUUCAGACCCCGUCUGCGGUAAUGGUGUACAGAGGAUAUGACCUCCCCGAUAUGACCAGCAUUUCGGCCGAGCCCUUCCUGUGGCACACGGCCAGGAUACCCCCAACAUAUUUGUUGAAUCAAUGGCCCAUCCGCCAGACAGUUAUAUCUUCUGACGGAAGAUACGUCGCAGUUGCCGGACGCCGCGGCCUUGCACAUUACAGCGUCAACAGCGGACGAUGGAAGACAUUUACCACUGAAGCCAUGGAGAACGACUUUCAGGUCCGAGGUGGCAUGUGUUGGCACCAGCAUAUUCUCGUCGCCGCAGUUGAGAGCAACAGAAGCUACGAGCUGCGUCUCUUCUCGCGAGAGACCCCCCUCGACACGUCUCAUGUUGUGUACCGCCAGCAGAUACCCGCACCAGUUGUGCUCGUGACUACGUCUGGUGAAGAUUCUCUUCUUGUUUACACGUAUGAGAAUAUUUUGUACCAUUUCAUAUUUACCCCAUGGGCGGAUUCUGUUGGUCUCGUUCAGGUGGGACAGAUUGCGUUUCACGGCAUAGUGCGAUCCCCUGCCAGGGUUCGGGGGCUCAGCUGGAUAUUACCCGGAUCUCAAAUCACAGACGGGGACCCUUCUCACGACGUGGCUGUAGCGUCUGUGAUAUUCUUGGUGGAUGGGAAACUGGUUCUUCUGAGCCCCUCACUCAACGAGGAAGGCCAGUUGAAGUACGAUAUGCGUAUCAUUGCGCAAAACGUCGAGUAUCAUGCCAGCAUGAGAGACCAGCCGCUGCUGAACGCGGCCCAUUUGUCGGACGAGCCGUCACUCAGACGUGGGCCCCCAAUAUUAAAAGACUCACUAUGGGUAUUCGACGGCAUGGAGGUCAAGGCAUGGACUAAUAUCAACGAACUGCUGGACGGUGCUUCGACAGACGGCGGCAAAGACUUUCCGGCUCCCGCAUCUGUUCCUGUGGAUUUUUAUCCCCUGUCGGUUCUCCCGGAGAAGGGCAUCAUACUGGGGGUUGAAUCAGACUUGGUGCAAAGGCGAGACGUCACCUUUUCAUUUUUCCAUUUCGCCAUCAGGACACACCUGUUUCUGCCCGAGAUUUUGCGCUUUUACCUGCGACAAGGCAGAACGACUGAAGCAGGGGAGCUAUGUGAACAGUACCAAAGUUUGGAGUACUUGUCGCACGGACUGGAGAUCUUGCUUCAUCGUGUCCUAGACGAAGAAGCAGAUACAUGCCCGAAGCCCGAGGAGGCUGUCCUCCCUCGAGUGCUUUCUCUUUUGUCAUCGUCAUGCAAGGAGUAUCUAGACGUGGUGCUACAGUGCACCCGAAAAACAGAGGUGCGGCAAUGGAAGACAUUGUUUGCGUACCUUCCCCCAGCGCAAGAGCUGUUUGAGGAGUCGCUGCAACGAGGCUCGCUCAAAACCGCAGGCGGCUACCUGAUUGUCCUGCACACACUCGAGGAAUUCCAGUCACUGACUGGCCAGUCGGUCCGCGUCCUAUCGAGGGCAAUCCAAGAGGGAGACUGGGAGCUGUGCAAAGAGCUAGCCCGCUUCUUGGCGGCGAUGGAUGAGACGGGAGCGGCGCUCAAGGAAGUCAUGGACAUGGUAGACACGGGACAGAAGCAAGGACCGGCUCCCCAGGAGAUUGCGAGCCGGUUGCUGAUGCCGGGUUCUAGGAUUGCCAAUGGCCUUGGCAGAGGUAUUAUGAGCGACGAAGAGGAAACAGAGUCUGAUUUGCCGUCGGCCAGCGACGCAUCCAGUAUUGAAUCGGCGGCGAGUCAUUUGAACGGAUCCAGGUCACCGUGA